GCACCUGAAUCAAUCCACUCCCACGCCGUGUCCUCCAGACUACUCCUGCACCCUCAGCUCAUUGACGUCACCCUCGAACACGCGCAUUUGCCGAUUCCUAACCCCUCAAGCUCUCCACAUAUCCCACGGUCCUAUACCCACCCCCUCCUAUACAACCGCUGUCGCGAAGUCUUCAAUCUGGCAGGAAACAAGCGUCGCAGUUUCUCCAGCCAGGGAGGUCUGCUAAACAGGAUGUUUGGCUCCUCUGGAAAAGACGACGAAGUGGCUGCCAUAGAUGGGCCUGUAGCCAGCGACCCACCAAAGCCCGCAACAGCACCUACAACAGACAACGCAGCUGCAGGAGGAGCAAACACGGCGGGCAACGGAAAUACGUCUAUAGAACCCAAGACCAGCGACGUCGGUUCCACUCCCAACACAGAGAAGAAGCGACGGAGUAGCGGCGUGUCGCGUGCGAGAGAUAUGUUCUCAAGCGCAAAACAGUCACUGCAUCUGAGCGGCUCCUCUCCCACGUCCAACUCGCCCACGGCGGACAAGACGAUCCAAACGCCCAUCCAGAAGCUAGGGAGGUCUGACGCUGCCCUCAGUGUUCCCCAGGGCGCACUUAACAACUCUGCUGGCGAGUCUGCACCUGGGCCCCGAUCUACUUUCCGAGUAGGUGUCACAGAAGACAAGAACAAGAAAUGUAGACGGACGAUGGAAGACACACACGCAUAUCUAUACAACUUCCUCAGCACGCCUGCGCCCUCGUAUGGGGCAGACAAGACAAGCUCGCUUUCCGAUGCUGGCUCGACUCGGUCUGACCCUUCGACACAGUCGGUAAUCGAAACUGACAACGGCUAUUUCGCCAUCUUUGACGGACAUGCGGGCACAUUUGCCGCCGACUGGUGCGGAAAGAAACUGCACUUGAUUCUGGAAGACACCAUCCGCAAAAACCCAAAUACACCUAUACCUGAAUUGCUGGACCAAACGUUUACCGUCGUAGACCAGCAACUCGAGAAGCUUCCGCUUAAGAACAGUGGAUGCACUGCCGUCAUCGCUGUCUUGCGGUGGGAGGAUCGAGUCCCCAACGCACAAUCAUCUACUGGAUCAGUCUUACUUGCGCCUGCUGCAGUAUCGGCGAUUAAGAAUGCUGGCGAAAGUGAGGAAGUAGGCGCUGAAGCAGUGCCUUCACAACCUGCGGGCGAGCAUCCUAUGGAGACAAGGUUACGAAACGAGGCCAGCCGGCAAAGAGUACUCUACACAGCAAACGUUGGCGAUGCGCGCAUCGUUCUUUGUCGAAACGGCCGGGCCCUUAGACUUUCGUAUGACCACAAGGGUAGCGACGAGAAUGAGGGACGUCGUGUUGCCAGCGCCGGUGGCUUAAUACUCAACAAUCGCGUUAACGGCGUCCUUGCUGUUACACGGGCCCUUGGCGAUGCGUAUAUGAAGGAUCUGGUGACUGGUCAUCCUUAUACAACGGAGACAGUGAUUCAGGCCGAUCAGGAUGAAUUUCUCAUUCUUGCUUGCGACGGUCUCUGGGACGUUUGUUCCGAUCAAGAAGCUGUAGACCUAGUCCGUCAAGUUCAAGAUCCGCAAGAAGCCUCAAAGAAGCUGGUCGACUACGCUCUCGCACGCUUUUCGACGGACAAUCUGUCGUGCAUGGUCGUUCGUUUCGAUAACAAGGCGCUCCGACAGCGCAAAAACGAAGCCGCAAUGGGCGUAGAUGGUGACCAGGCUACUUUGAAGGGAGGAGUCACCGAGGCCGAGGCCAUCGUAGCACAAGCAAAGAAGUCCAUUGGCGACUCAAGCCAAUCAGUUGAAAGUACUGCCAAGGAAAUCAUCAUGGAAGAAGCGCGAGCUGAGCCAGGCCCUGAACUCAAUAUUGACGCUGCGAAAGCGGCUCAGAAGCACCCAGCCUGAGCUUCUUGAGCAUGAGCAUGAGCAUGAGCAUGAGCAUGGCUUGGACGGACGGAUUACCUAUCCAUGAUCUUCCGAUGAGCGUCU